GUUGCAGGGCGCGCUGGUUGCUUCUGGGUUGUUUUGAAGGAGGAAGAACUGAAGAAAAAGGAGCCAAGGAGGAGUCCGGCAAUGCUGGAGAGAGAAGAAAAAGAAGGGCGAGGAGGGGCCAAAAUGACCCUCUCUGUCCUCCUGGCGGGAAGAUCGAAGAAGCAGCGACAUGGGCGUCGAAAUGGACAGCGACUGCAGGAAAAAGCCCUGCGUGUCUUGAGUUGCCAUCAGAACCUGGACGAACUCCUCCGUGAAGUGGGAAGUUCUGUAUGUAAAGAAGUAUUAUUAAUUCCUGAUAAUUCAGGCCGAGAAUCCUCAGAACUGCUUCUGGUCUCUGCUUUGCAGGAUCAAGCCACUGCCUUGGGUUUGCCGGUGGGGAUCCUCUCGGCCAGAACGGCUGCAAGGAACCUGGAGAAGAUCUCUGCGGAGUCUGGUCAGGCCACGCUGCUGAAAGGAGAGCCAAGAGAAAAGUUGUCUUGCCUGCUGAACACUUUGAAGGAUCUGGCCUCCCAGAAUGCUUUCAGCCCAUCAUUGUUUGCUCAAGAAAUGUGGAAAAUGCAGAGCCCACUCACCCUGGACAUGGCAUGGCACCUCCACAGAGAAGGCCUCUUGAGCCUGGACGAGCUGCUGGAAAAUAAUCCAGACACGUCUGCGUUGGUGGAUUGGCUGUGCCGUGGUCUUUGCCUUUUGUGCAGCGAAACAGAAAGCUCUUCCUUGGACUCAGAGCACCUGGGGAGCCUCCUGACAGGCCUGGCAUCUGUCUUCCUUCGUCACGGAUUUCCGAAGACGUCUGAGCCAGGAAAGAAGUCGCCAAGGCUGUCCAAAAUUUACUGUGCUGUCCUUGGGAGGAUGCUGGCAUGGCUGCUUGAUUCUGUGGCCAAAGAGAAGCAGGAAGGCUCUUCUUCCCUGAAGGCUGCAAAAAGCUGGCUCCAUGUGUUUACUGUGAGUGCCUACCAAGGCCUGGUCCUGCCUGAGGCCCUGCAAGACUUCUUCAGCCAAACUUUGACCCAAGUUCUGACCUACAACCCUCAGCUCAAAGUUUCCGAUGCCAUUCCUCUCCAGAGAGAGUGGAGCUUUGCUCGGACAAAUGCGGUGCUCGCCUUGCUCUACCGCAAAUUGUUUGUGCCCUUCAAGCCGGAGGAGUUGGUCCGCCAUUUGCAGCACGUCCUGGAGACGAGCGAAGUCAACUGGCAUCACGUCCUCUCCUGCGUUUCCACGCUGCUGGUCUGCCAGUCGGGAGCCGCACCACUGAUUAAAGACUUCCUGAGCCAUCUGCUGAAGAAAGGCUUUGAGGACUAUGACUUGGAAAGCAUGAUGACGGCGUUCCUGAUCGCGCGCCAGGCUGGCCUGGAGGGUCCUGCCGUUUUCAUGCCUUACGCAGAAUGGUUUAAGGCUCCAUGUGUUUACUGUGAGUGCCUACCAAGGCCUGGUCCUGCCUGAGGCCCUGCAAGACUUCUUCA